AGUAUGGUGGAAAUCCACAUGCUAUCCAAUUCGAUACAUCCACACAUCCACACAUCCACUCGCAUUUCUAAUGUGGAAGGAGAGCGGAAGAAGAUCGAUUCAAUCUAUCGUUGGGAGAUUAGGUGAGAUGGGUGAAUGAGACGAAGACCGUUACCAAGUUCGUGGCGGGGCACGAAGCUGGAUGUUUAGGUCCGAAGUACCAGUACAUGAAUUGUGGGGACCUCAAAUAGCGGGGACAAGAACGUCGACCAGGUACCUCUAUGUACCCGAUGCCGAGUACUCUCCUUGGUGGGAUGGUCUUGUUCGGAUUCUUUUACUCAACGGGCAGCAAAUCCCCAGUCGCCAACACAAGCAGGAUUGUGCAGGAUCAACAGGGCACUCCAGGCGAGCGGAAGCCAAAAGUGCACCAAGUGUACCAAUUGAAACCAACAAGGGAACACCGACAAAAUAGCUUGCAGUCAUCAACGCUGAGCGAAAGAAAAAAAGGGGGUAUAAUUCAACAUAUCAUAAAAUUUACCCCAACUAAUCCGAUCGAGACGAGACCUUUUUUUUUUCCGCCGGACAUUCUUUGUGGGCACAAUACGUCGCGACAGCAACCACACACAAAUUAUUUACGUCCCGUCCACAACGGAAAAGAUAGAAAGCGAGAAGAAAAGCACAAUUUGAGAAUACAGAAUAGCAUAGAAGUUUCCACGUGCAAGGUGCAAGCAGAAGUCAAGACGACGGUUGAUUGAAUUUCUCAACUGUCAAUCCUGUCCCAAGUGAGUUCGAUCAUGGGGUAGCCGGAUUCAAUUGGUUUUAUUCAGCUCCGGAGCAGACGAGCCUCCGUGAAUCAUCGGAUCCUUCAAAUACGGUGGUGGGUUAGUGUGGUUUUUUGUCUUUCCGAACAUUACUAGGAAAGGCAACA